AUGCGGAGCUGCAGUGCGGACAAACAGGCAGGAGAACCUGACACCCACAGACCGCCGCCAGGUUCUGGUUCUGUCCCGAGUCUGAACCCCGGAUCCGGUCCAGCAAGAGGAUCCGGUCCAGUCCGGAUCCCCGUCUUUAUUUUUGCGGCGGAGACCCGAACCCGGACCCGGACCCGGACCCGGACAGCAGCGGGGUUUGAUGCGCUCCGGGACUCUGGUGGAUCUAGACCUUUUUUUUUUUUUGGUACCGGACUCGGUUCGUCCCCGUCCUUCAGCGGGUCUGUUCUGUCGGUCUAAGGAGGGUACCGGGUCGGUUCGGUGUCGGGGACUGUAAAUAGAUGGUGGUCUAGUCCUGCGGGAGCGUGAGGCCCGAACCCCGGCCCCCCCCCUCAGAGGAACGGUGGGUUUUCUGGACCAGAACCAGGUUUUGUGCCGAACUAAAAUCCCAGAUGAAGAUUCCCAAAAGGCGGAAAAGGAGCGGACGGUGCGCCAGGUAGGCCCGAACCGGACCGAACCCGGACCCCAGCAGAGCUCCGAGUGUGUGUGUGUGUGUGUGUGUGUGUGUGUGUGUGUGUGUGUGUGUGUGUUUUCUGCAGUCCUCUGAAUCUCGGAUCCGGAUCAGACCUGGGUGUCCAGACUGGACCCUGAUAGUCCUGUAGACCCGGGCUGAUCCGGACUGGGUCACUUAAAUGAUCUUUAGUCCAGAACCGGGUCAGUCCGGGCCAGAUUUAUUGAUCAGCAGGAUGCGAUGGUGCGCAUGCGCACAGUGCACCCAUGACUGUGCACUGCAGAGAGGAGGAUGGGGGGGGGGGAGCAGAACCCUCCGAACCAGAACCAGAACCAGGACCGAGGAUUUUAGAUCUGAUUUGAUUAAAUUGUUUCAGGAAGAUUAAAAUCAAAUUUAAUAAUUAAUUUAUAAUAUUUAAUUAUAAAUAAAACUGCCUGAUGUACGGAAAGACUUCAGGGUCAAAAUUCAGACAAAACAAACUGGGGAGGGUCCAGACGAGUGGAGCAGAACCAGGUGUUCUGGUUCACAGUGAGAUCCAAACUUCUCUGAGUAUCAGGUCCAGACCCAGACCCAGACCCAGACUUCGAGUUUCUUUAUUUACUGAAUCAAACUCAGCUGUGAUUUCUCUCUAAUGUCAGUGUUUGGCUUCCAUAUCACAGCCUGAUGGUGUUUCAUUUAAUAUACAGAAAAAACAAUAAAAUAUUAAAACUAUACAAAUAAUAAAAACCAAAAAUAUAUAUAAAAAAAACGAAAAACAAUUAAAAAAUAAAAAUGAACAAAAACUAUAAAAACUGUAAAAAACUAUAAAAAUUAAGGGGUUUAAAUAGCAGCUUGGAGAGGAGUAUCGCACUUUCUGGAGGUGAAGCUGUUGUGGAAUAAAAAAACAAUAGAUAAAAUUAUAUACAUAAAAAGAUUUAUGUUUCUAUUUACACAUAAUAAACAGUAAAAACAGGAGCCCAGUGCAGCAGGGUAGGAGUGGGGGGUUAUAUGGAGGCCCUCUGAGGAUCAGGUCCAGACCUGUGAGGGGUCCAUAAAACCCCAAACCGCAUGAAUGUGGAUCAUUAAGACCACGUCAGAGAUUUUUAAGACUGAAAUAACGGACGUGAUUUUCUUACAAGAGAAAAAUUAAAGUUAAAUUAAUUAUUUUUACAAGAAUAAAGUUGGAAAGAAAUCAGGAUGUAGUAAAACCAGAAUAAACUGAUUUUGAAGAUUAUUAAACCUUUUUCUAAAGUGAUGAAAAAAUAAACUCGUUUCUGAUCGGAUAAAGUUCCAGUUUCCCUAAAAUAAUGAAGAAGAAGAAAGCUGACUUUUUUUUUAUUCUUGUAAGAAUAAAACUUUUUCCUCACGUGACCCUGAAUCUGAACUCAUGACGAACGUUUAACGUCAGGAAAGAGAGAAAUUCUCCGUCACCAUCGGAGAAAAACACUUUUCUGCUCGUUUUAACUUUUUAACAAAACUUUUUAAUAAAACUCUGUUUGUACGGAAGAACUUGUGUGCCAAAAUUCACUUUUCCCAGGAUGUGAAACAGCGAGAACUCGAGUAUCAGACGGUGAGGUAACGGGGGUCAGAGGCGGGUGUGAGAAGUGCAUGGCGUGAAAGGAUGAUGUGAAGAGGUGUGGCUAACUGACGGGUGAGUUUACGUCAAGUUCACGAAGUGUGUGUGUGUGUGUGUGUGCGCGCGUGUGUGUGUGUGUGUGUGUGUGUGUGUGUGUGUGUGUGUGUGUGUGCGUGCGUGUGUGUGUGUGUGUGUGUGUGUGUGUGUGUGUGUGUGUGUGGAACGGUCACUCAAGCACCGACAGGAUCUCUCACCUGGUGUUUGACGGCCUGUCCCUCCAUGCUCCGCCCCCUAUGAUGUCACUGUUUAAGCCUGUGUGUGCAGGUGGGACACCUGCGGCGGUCCGCGGUCCUCCUCCUCCUCCUCCUCCUCCUCCUUCUCCUGGUUAACUGUGCCCUCUGUUUUGGCUUGUAGGCUAACACAGGAACAGGAAGGGUUUUGUCCCGCUCAGGAUUUGUUGUAAGCCGUCAGGUUUUCCGGGAGCUCAGAACUAUGGUGAGCUCUGACUGAUUCAUCCGAUCAAAACUGGAAUGAUGCAAAAACCCGGCUUCUGGCAGAGCACCCCCCCCCUCCCCCCAGUAACAGGUUGAUAGGUUUGUAGGUGAAGAAGAGAAGAAGAAGAAGAAGAAGAGCAGACGGAGGUUUGAAGGUAGAGGAAGUGUCUGUCGAGAUGUUUCACUCUGAUCUGCUGCUGAGACGCUGCUGGACCACAGAGUUCCUGUCCUCUACGCUCGUCUUACUCUCCAGGGUCGCACGCCAACGUUAGUUUGGACGGAUUUAUAACGGACAGAUCGAUUUAUAUUAAUGUGUCAGAAAAUGAUGACCUUCACCGUAGAACUCGUGUUUGAAUUAACGGAGAAAUCGGCCGAUGCUGAUAUGUUGCAGACUUCGUCAAAAUGCCAAUAAUUGGUCGAAUUAAUCAGUCGACCAAUGAAACGGUCUGUCUCUAACACCUCUACAGUCAAACACAGUCAGUGUUAAUAAUGAAUGAGUCUCUUUAAAAACACCGUGUUUCCUCCUCCUAACUUCACGUUGUUACAGUAAAGUUACUUUACCAUAUCAAACUAGAUUUUUUUUAUCGUUAAGAUCUUCGAACAGGAAGUCCUCGAGAAGAUCGGACGCUAACACUCGCACAGCUCCAGUGAGACAGAAAGACUGUCCUGUCCUCAGAACACGGAUCAGGCUUUAGGAAUCUAUUUAAAGGGAUAUUCCGUCAUUAAAUUAAUUUAGUGUCAAACUCACCGUAACACCGAGUUAGACUCCGCCCCCCUCCAGAGAUGAAUGUUGUCGACCGCUUCCUUCUCUAGUUAUACCAACUUUAGUAACGACCGCAGGAUAGAAAUACAGAGAGACACGCCCUCAACCAAAACGCCACUCUAUAGCCACAAAUAAUGCUCAGAACAGCACCUAACUUCAUCAACAGGACAUAUAGGGUCACAGACAUAGUACUAGACACCAAACAUCUUUUUAACUUUGACUCAUUUCUUUAGCAAAGAGACUAAACACAACUCACCUACUCUCUUCCAGCAGACGCUUGUUUGCAGAGAGACCUCAGGCCAGUCCAUUACAGACUACAGCGGGGUGCCGCAGCUCAAGGAAGAACAUUUAUGAUCAUUUCUUUAUCAUUUCCUUGAAGUAAUAAUCACCAUAUUAAUCAUUUUACAGACGCUGUCGUUCUUCUGUCUUAGCGUCUCGGUCUGAUUGUAUUUCCAUGAAGAAAUGAUCAUAAAUGUUCUUCCUUGAGCUGCGUCACCCCGCUGUAGUCUGUAAUGGACUGGCCUGAGGUCUCUCUACAAACAAGCGUCUGCUGGAAGAGAGUAGGUGAGUUGUGUUUAGUCUCUUUGCUAAAGAAAUGAGUCAAAGUUAAAAUCGUCGUAAAGUUCUGCGGUUUGGUUUAAAACGGUAAAAGAAAAAAACAUGAAUUCGUUUUUUUAGGAUCACAAAAGAAAGUCGAACUCUCUGGUGGAACCCUGAGCCGCUACGGUCCAGAUGAUCAGAACCAGAGCCGAAGAGUCACAUGACUGAAUCUCAUCAACACAAGAGGACAUGAUCACUGAGAGUCUGAUAGAGCAGGAUGAGAUACACUAUAGUAACAGCACAGUAAGAUUUGAACUCUUCUGAUUGGUUCCUCCCUCUGUCACAUGACCUGCUGUGUAAGACUGUUGCGGCGUAUUGGGGGGAGCCCUGUGGUCCCGCCCUCUGCAGUGAUUGGCGGCUCAGCAGUGUGUUGAGGCCUGCAGCAGGUUUCCCUCCAUCUCCAGUGUUACAGUGACUCCCAGCUGAUGAUGAUGAUGAAGAUGAUGAUGAUGAUGAUGAUGAUGAGGAUGACUGAGCUGUAUCACUGCAGGUGCAGAGAAGCCUCCCCCUCUCCCUCCCAGUCCGUCCAGUCCUCUCUCUGAGCUGGUCUGACUGGAAACACGGCGGACACUCUCCAUUAUCUCUGCAGUCCGCCUGAGCUCUGCAUGCACUGAUGACGGCCCGUGGCACUGCAUGCAGAACAGCAUGGUUCUGGGACUGACAUGCAUCACUUUGACCUGGAAACUGAACCCCCACAGAUCCACCGAGAACUGAUAACCAUUCAUGGCGAGAGUCAGAGUCUAGAUCAGAGCGCUUCAGAGACGGACGCUAACCGCCGUCGUCAGAGCGAUGCUCCCUAACCCAAUCAUAAUCUCUCUGACCCCAACCUCAGGGGUUUACCGAGAACGUAACGCCUCCUGGGACGUCCUCUCCCCUGAGGUCGUCCUCUCACGCCAUGUCCACACGUAUUCGUCUAUUUAUAACUUAAAGUCCUGGUUGACGAUCUGAGCCCACCCCCCCACACACACACACAAACCUCCCCCCUCUGUGCUCCACCAUAACUCCGCCCCCUGAACCCACGACACACCCCCUCUGGCACAAGAUCCUACGCUAGCGUCAAACAGGAUCCACCAUGUCGGAUUGUUAGUGACUAGUGUCAGUAAACGCCAGCUCUGUUAGCGAGCGCCGUCUGCCUGGACAGCUACCGUGUUGACAUGUCAGAGACUAAUCAGAGUUAUUUCUGUAACAUGAGAUAAAAGGAGAUCAAAAUGACCUGUUCAACUAAAACUCUGCUGUCUCUGCGUCUCCAAGGAUGACCCGAUGGUUAUUCACGUUAAAUUCCUCGCUUAGUCACAUGUCCUCUUUGACUCCGCCCUUUCUUCUGUUGGCGUUUGCGUUUUCUUCCCAAUAGGAGCCGUCCGGGACGGAUGGCUCCCAUUGGUCGACGUUUUUGCAGCCCUGCACCUGAUAGGGUGAACGGAUUUUUCCGAUCUUUUGUCUCUUCGCUUUGUGGAGAUCGCACUUUAGGACCAUGAUCGCCAUAGAAACGAGGUUCGUGAUAAUUAACAGUCUCUACAAUCGUCAACCAUGACUUUACUUCUUCUCGGUCCACAUCAGAGGAGCUUUUGAACGUCCCUCUGUCCUCGUAGGAUCACAGUAGGAUCACAGAAACCAUGAAAAACCUUCUCAGAAGCGUGCCGGACCAGUCAGUCUGGUCAUGUGACCCGGCAGAGAGAGUCCAGCAGAAACGGUCUUUAAAGAUAAGGACCAGCGAGGUUUCCUGGUAAACAGGAAGUUCUGGUACUCAGUUAAGUUACGAGCACCGGGCGACAAUCAGACCCGGGUGUGUCUGCCUCCACUACGGUCCGUCAUCAGCUCGUUAAAGGGAUAUUCCGGCGUAUUUACCGGAAUAUCCCUUUAAGCUGGUCCGGGUCAUCCCUCAGAACGGAUGAUAACAGGGUGAUGGUUGGAAACACGUCCCUGUAAGAGAUCCGGACCUUUUCUGAAAACCGAACCGCGUCAUCCAGGACUGUCAGUCCGACUGUAGACCCGUUUUUAAGAAGUCCAACGCAGUAAAUCCAUGUUUUUUCUCGACCAGCUGGUUCAUAGUUGGCCGUCUCUGUAGACUUUUCAAAGGUCCGGUCUCAGACCCCCCCCUGUCAGUGACCCAGAACUCUGAUUACAUGUGGACCGGAGACUAAAACCGGCUCUGAUCCACAGACGUGUUGGUAGAACUGGUUCUGUCCUCAGGCCCAUGAAGGUGUCAGGAAGAACAUCUCGGUAGACCUUACCUGUGCCGCAGAGCUCCCUGAGAAACAUGGACCACCUUUGAACCGGUUUAUAAACGGAUCUGCAGGGUCGUUAAAGUCCCAGAGUCGGGUCAGAACCUUAAGAUCCCGACAGGCCGGAUUAGAGCAGGUUGGCCCUGAGGUGAGGUGGGCGGGGUCUUGUUAGCUUGAGCCAUGCUGAUGGUUGUUAGUUUGAAAUCCAGCCGGUUCAGAUCUCUGAUGAUCGGGUCGGGUCGGGUCGGGCCGUCACCGUCAGGGUGAGCGCAGAGUGUCCGGCUGCUUCCUCUGCACACAUGAUAUUUGCUCCAGUUACUGCAAAUACCAUCACCCCCCCCCCCCAACCCCACCCCCCCACCGGCCUGUAGCCUGAUCAGCUGAAGAAUGGCUUCUAAUGGCAGCAGCCAUCUUUAAUGCCUGUUGUUAACGCUGCGGUUGGACCUCCCAGCGUUGUCAUGGUGAUGUUUUUGACUGACUGACUUCUCUGCCCCCCCCACCCCUUCUCUCCCCCGCCCCCCGCCCCCCUCCCCCACAGAUAAAUGGCUCUUUUAAGCUGGGAGCUGCUCGAGUUCUGUCUGGCUGGCAGAUGCAGUGCCUAGUCCCCGGCCUCCAGGACAACGCCAACAUGAACGGGACGUCCGAGCAGGCCGACAUCCUGCCGCCAAACUGCAUGGUCAAAGACCGAUGGAAAGUGGUGAGUCAGCAACCCCCACCCCCCCCCCACCCCCUCAUCAUCGCCACCAACAGUGCAGCAGCUCAGUACCCACUGACAUCUAUUUAACGCAUUUUUGCGAUGAUGCGGUACAAAUGUGGACGUCAUUUCAACGUCCAAAAGAAGUCCAAUAAUGACGUCUAAAUCUUGGAUCCAUUUUGCACGUUGUGUCGACGUCUAGAUUUGGUCUUUGACGGAGCGACCCAAUACUGAGUUGAUCUGGACGUCUCUUCGACGUCUGAUGUUCGGUGGGUACAUUCAGCUGAAAAGGAAAACUGGGUUCGAAUGGACCAGAACAGCGCCCAUCAUGGCGUCAGAGGUUCAGGGGUCACCAAGAAUUAAAGCGCACAUUGAAACAAAACGAUCCCAGACAUGGAGGAGAACCAGGAGCUUCACUGAUGAACAGAUCCAUGAAAAUCCUGAAUAAAGAGAAAAGAGAGAGACCAAGAACUCCAACAGUCCGACAAACGAGGCCAAAUACACGCAGGACCAGGGUCGGAAAAUUCUGGAGUUUUCAAAGUUGGAAACUUUUCAUGUGAAUUAAUGUGAAUAAAUCUGAACUGUUCAAAACUGAAGGUCGGCUCUCGACAGGAACUUUAAUAUAGUCGCUGAAAAUAUCUUGUAGUAUAAUCUUGACUAACUGAUUUCUCGAACCCUGGAGGCCACAGAGUCCACCGACUUUAGAGAGUCAAGGAAGUUCUGAUAAUAUUCUGGGGUAAAUAUAUCUGAUCUAUAAUCGAGUUAAUAUUUAAAUCAAAGUCGGUGUUAAAUGUGAGUUAUUUGGUCCUUUAAGGGUGGAGUUUAUUCUGGUGGUGGUCGUUUCCUCAGAUUCUGUUUCUUCAGACUCCUGACAGACGGUUUUCUGUAACCAAUCAAUCAAUUAGACAUCAAUUAUUAAGUAUUUUAAAGACCGUUUAUCAGCUGUUUAUCAACUAUAUUUAUGUUCAUGACUUCAGAUUUUUAUUUUAUUAAAUAAUUUAAACUUUCAUGUUUUUUAUUGUUUAUUUUUCAUGGAUGUCUGCUGAUGAAAAAACAGAAAUAUUUACGUUUGAAGAUGAUAAAGUUUGUUUAAAUUAAACACAAUUUACAGUUAAUUCACAUGAACACGAGCGAUAAAACCCAAAACAGUCUUUAGACCCGACAGGACAAGUCUGUGGUUUUCAUGGACUAAGUCCACGUUCAGACUGCAGGUCAGUUCUGAUUGGUUCUGAUCCGACCCUCUUCUGUAUGUGGAGAUAAAUCAGAUAUGUAUCUGAUGUGACUGCAGUGUGACGCUCAGGUCGAGUUCAUCCGACCUUUACGUCAUCAAUAUGAGACAAACGUCACCAUUGUUCAACGACACAAACAGGCGCGGAGAGAUAUUUGUGUUUUGUGUUCAUGAGGGUCACUUCACUGACGCUUUCGUUGUUCUAACGUGAACGAUCGCACAAAAAGAUCGGAUUGAACAAAAAAUCUGAAUUGUGCGUCAGAACCUGCAGAGUGAACGUAGACUAACAGACACACAGAGUGAGAGCAGAGGAGUCUGCCCCAAGUGGACAUUUAAGGAACUGCAGUGUGAGACUUUUAGGGAUUAGCGUUCAGUUCUGUUCAGAUUAUUGUGGCUAAAGUUUCCUGCUGUUGUUUUAAUGAUUAUUGUCAUCGUCAGUCUGAUGAUGAAGAGCGUUUUCUGUCAUCUUCAUCAUCCUCAAACAUCAUCUGAAGAACACGCUCCACCUGAUGGCGUUUAAACACAUGUGACUCACAGCUGAAGGUCUUCGUUCAUGUGAGACACUCAGAAAACGCCGCUCUGCUUCCUGAAAUAAGACCUUACAUAACUCGGCCCUGUCUGAGCCAAUCAGAUCGCAGCGUUCAGCCUGCAGGCUCUUUGCACUUCACUGAUCAAUUUAGUGUGUCCGCUGAGCAGCCGAGGCUCCACACACACACACACACACACACACACACACACACACACAUCCACGACUUCACGCAGUUCAGAGUUCAACUUUUCAUCAGCUGACGGAGAAAAACAGGAAAGAGGAGGAGUGAAGAAGAUUAAAAAGGAGGGGAGGAGUCAAAAAUAAUAACAAUAAAAAAAAGAUGGCUGACUGCGGAGGUGAAGACGUUUGUUCAUUUUGACCUUUUAACCCUUUAAUGACAACAGUUCAAACAGAAACCAGAUCAGAUCUUAACUCAGGAUCUCAGACGUGAAGUCGACGUGUUCUGUACUCCGAAAACUGCCGGGCGGUGUUUCCUGAGUUCCCGUCUCUCUGAACUGUGGCCAGUCCCUGUUGUCAUGGUAACGCUGGACACCAGGAUGCGGGUUUGGUCGAGCUCUCUUCGUUGGUAACUAACGGUCUGAUCUGACCCGGGUUCUGUUCUGUCCUCCAGCUGAAGAAGAUCGGCGGGGGUGGGUUCGGGGAGAUCUACGAGGCCUUGGACCUGCUGACUCGGGAGAACGUGGCGCUGAAGGUGGAGUCGGCCCAGCAGCCCAAACAGGUUCUGAAGAUGGAGGUGGCGGUGCUGAAGAAGCUGCAGGGUGAGAGAACUUCAGGACCACUGAGGAUGAGGAUUAGACCGGGUCUGAUCCGACCCCUCAACCUGAUCCAGUCCAUGUUUUAAACCAGACCCCUUUUUACAUCUAAACCUGAGUUUCACACCAGAACCACAAGCCCAGCUCAGCCCAGAUCAGGUCUAUCCCUGAACACGACCUCAGGCCCACAUUGAGUCCGAGUUUAAACCCAAGUCUCACAUUAAAACCUGGUUUAACUCUGAGUUUAAAACCAGGCACACCUAGUCCAAGCCCUGUCUUAUUCACACAGUUAAACCUGACAAAGUCUCAGUUUAAAACCAGUUUCAGUCAGAGUUAGACCGGACUCAUUAGCUGGUUUAGACCCGAGUCAGAGCUACAGUUAAACCUAGCUUAGCCUCUUGGUUAAGUCUGGAUUAGUUCCUUUCAUUAAACCUGUUUCUUCUUCUCUUGCAGGUAAAAAUCACGUCUGUAAGUUUAUCGGCUGUGGGAGAAACGACAAAUUCAACUACGUGGUGAUGCAGCUUCAGGUGAGUCCGAGCGAUGAAGACCGUGGUCCGGGGACUGCAGGGGCCCCCCAGGGCUUUUAUUUUGAAGGGAAUAGACUUCAGCGGGGACACAAAUACAGAUUAUUUCAGGCUGUUCAACAGUUUUAGCCGUGAAGAGCAUCAUGGGAGCUGUGGUCCGAUGUGGUCCGACGUGGUCUGCACAGUCUGAGUAUGAGAGGUCCUCAGAGGAUUGUUUUGGGGGCUGGGGGGGCGGGUUACGAUCAGCUACGAUCGGAGGAUACGACCUUUUAGUAGACGAUCAGGAUGAAGGUGGAAGUUGAGGGUUAUGGAGAGGCUCUGUGCUGAUUGGCUGCCUGAAUGUUGUCGUACUGGAGGCGUGUUCAGCGUGAUGUGUCGAGUUGUUUGGGGGGGGGGGUAGCUACACUAGACUGAAGUCUAUAACAGAUGAACCCACAUCUUCAUGAUGGUGGACUUUAAACGGGUCACUUGAGUUUAUAAAGUCAUCUUUACUUCCUGUGAGGACCUUUGGGUUUGUGUUGAUUUUGGCACCCCCCUGUGGUCAAAGCAGGUUCUGCAGCCUCGGUCAUGGUCAUGUGUAACUUUAACACGCCUCGUCCUUUUUACAGAGUCAUCAUGAAUCUGGAUCUGGUUUAAGCGGAUCUGUACUGACCCCCCAGCAGUGGUUUCAGACUCAGUAAAAAGUCCCUCCUUCUUCUCUAAAACUCCUGACUGGAGCUUUAAUCUGCUGUAAUCUCUGAGAACUUUAUGUCCAGGGUGGAUUCAGAGCUUCGUGAACCUGAAGGAGGUUUUCCUGCUCCUCUAAAGUUUAGAUCUGGAGACCUCAGAGAGUAAAAGUCUAUUUCCUUUAAUGUUGUUUCUUUUAUUUUGAAAGUGUGUGUGCAUUUCCUGCUGCAGGGGCGUAACCUGGCCGACCUGCGGAGGAGUCAGCCCAGAGGAACCUUCACCAUGAGCACCACCCUGCGGCUCGGGAAGCAGAUCCUUGAGUCCAUCGAGGCCAUCCACUCGGUGGGCUUCCUGCACCGGGACAUCAAACCGGUACGAGUCCUCAGCCGAGUUCACAGGUCCAGAAGGUUGUAUACUGGGGGAAGGCGGAACCAAGUUGUCUGUAGUAAAUACAGUCUAUGGUGGUGACGCUCUGGAGGAUGUAGAACAUUCUAGAAUAUCACAGAACAUUCCACAACAUCAAAGACAUUCUAAAAGAUCAAUAACAUUCUGUAACAUCAAAGACAUUCUAAAAGAUCAAUAACAUUCUAUAACAUCAAAGACAUUCUAAAAGAUCAAUAACAUUCUAUAACAUCAAAGACAUUCUAAAAGAUCAAUAACAUUCUGUAACAUCAAAGACAUUCUAAAAGAUCAAUAACAUUCUGUAACAUCAAAGACACUCUAAAAGAUCAAUAACAUUCUGUAACAUCAAAGACAUUCUAAAAGAUCAAUAACAUUCUGUAACAUCAAAGACAUUCUAAAAGAUCAAUAACAUUCUGUAACAUCAAAGACAUUCUAAAAGAUCAAUAACAUUCUGUAACAUCAAAGACAUUCUAAAAGAUCAGUAACAUUCUAUAACAUCAAGGACAUUCUAAAAGAUCAAUAACAUUCUGUAACAUCAAAGACAUUCUAAAAGAUCAAUAACAUUCUAUAACAUCAAAGACAUUCUAAAAGAUCAAUAAUAGUCCGGGAACAUCUGUGACAUUACCGAACCUUCCCACGAAUUCUGAAGUCAUCAGAACCGCUCUGACAGAUGUUAGGGGGACACUGUUGGGUCCUCUGCUCAGCACCAUAGUCUGCCUCUGAGAACAGCGCCCUCUGGUGACGGGCUGCAGUAUAGGUCAUAAACCCCGCCUCCUUAUGGAGCUGUGGACAAACUUUAUAAAUGAAUGACACAGAAUAUAAAUCAAAUAUAAAUGUCAGUCAUGAGUUUGAGACCAGGAGGAGCUGACGCUUCAAAAUAAAAGCAUAGUUUUACAAUAGAACCCAAACAUGCAGAGAAGAGUUUCAAAAUAAAAGCAUGAGAAAGAGUGGUUUGAUGAGGUGACGUGGUCUUUCUCAGAGCUGCUGAUGAGGAUGAAUGAGAACCAUGAAGACAGUGGGUUCAUGUGUUCAUCAGUCGGUCUGUUUUUCCGUUUUUAUUUUCUGAUCAAACUCAAACUGUGUCUGAACUCUGGUUCUGGAUCUGAACUGGACUCUGGUUCUGUGUAACCCCUCUCUCUGUCUCGUCUCUGCAGUCCAACUUUGCGAUGGGUCGGCUCCCCUCCACCUACAGGAAGUGCUACAUGCUGGACUUUGGUCUGGCCCGUCAGUACACCAACACGACGGGGGAGGUCCGACCGGUAAGAACCUGAACCACAACAUUCAGACAAAGUCAUCUGGACUCAAACAUGACCAGAAAUCACUAACCCUGACCCGAACCUGGACUGGUGUCAGAACCAGGAGAGAAAGACCAGCGCUACUUUGAGUCCCGGAUUUCUCAAAUCCAGGAUCCGUGUUACAUACAGAAAGAAACCGAACUGGACCCCCUAAAUAAUGAGAAUCCUGGUACAUGACCCAGAGAACCCGGGACAUCAGGUCUGGUUCCUGGUCACACUGGUGCAACCUAAAACCAGAACUUAAGUCCAGCAGUUAAGAUCAUACAGAACAUUUAAUACACCGAUCAAUAAACCGAUCCGUUUGAAUCAGGUCUGAAAAUCACUUUUAGAAUCCAGAAUAAUCCAGAAUAAUCCAGAAUAUUCCAGAAUAUUCCAGAAUAAUCCGUUUAAAUGUGAUUAAUGAUGAAACAAUAGACUCACUUUUUCCGUCUCUCGUAUGUCGUUGAUGAUUUUUGGCAGGAACAGGCUCCCGUACAUUAACCCCCCCUACAGUUAUAAACAGCUGAAAAACUGACGUGUCAGACAGACGGGGUGUGUUUGCUGCAAUGCAGCACGAGUUCAGCAGAUCACUCCCCGCCUCUGUGUGUGUGUGUGUGUGUGUGUGUGUGUGUGUGUGUGUGUGUGUGUGUGUGGAUCAAUAUUCCUGAUCAGACACAGCUGAUCUAAACGAUGUCACAGCAGCAGGUUUCUGACGCCGUCUGAGGAGUUUCUCGGUUUGAAGUCAGAGAUAGGUUCGAGUGUUCUGAUUGGUCGACAGAAAUCAUCAGGUCUGCUGGUCUUUGUAGUCCCCCCCCCCCCCCAGAGUUAUUUUUAGACCUCUGAGGACGUGAGCUGUUUCCUCCUCCUCCUCCCUCUGUCUGCUCCUUUACUCCUUCUCUUCUGUUUUUAUUUGAUCUUCUCCUCCGCUCUUUCUCUUCUCUAACUCCUCCUCCUUUUCUCUUUUUUUCCUUUCUCUCCUCCUGUCUUCUCCUCUCUCCUCCUCUCUCCUCCUCUUUUCCUCUCUGAUUUCAUCCUCCACUCACAUCUUCACCGCUGCUCUUUAAUAAUUCAAAGAACAGAGGAAGAGGAGGAACGAGUCGAUAUAGAGAGAUGAUGUGUCCUCUGAUGAUCCAGAGUCUGUGUGUGAUGAUGACAUCAGCUGAUCACAGCUGAUCAAUCACAGCUGAUCAGAGCUGAAUCAGCUGAUCUGUAAACUGGAGGACAGUGUCGUCCACCUCAGCCUGAUGUUUGAUUCAGAGACGUGUCCGUCUCAGUGAAAGCUGCUUUUCUACAUCCUCCCUCCUUACCCCUCUCUCCUCUCUCCUCACUCCUCCCUCCUUACGCUCUCCUUUCUCCUCUCUCCUCUCUCCUCACUCCUCCCUCCUUACUCUCUCCUUACUCCUCUUUCCUCCCUCCUUACUCCUCUCUCCUCCCUCCUCUCUCCUCUCUCCUUACUCCUCUCUCCCCUUCCUCCCUCCUUACUCCUCUCUCCUCCUCGCUGCAGUAAGGACACAUGAGGGUCCGGUCCAUUUCACAUGGUGGGUUAUUAUCUCCUUUCAGUCCAGCUGAGGACAGAGGAAACACUCUCUCCUUCCUUCUCUCCUUCACUCUCUCCUUUGCUAGUUUUUAGUCUCUCGUUCACUCUCUCCUCUUUCUCCCUCCUUCUUUUCUCGUCUGUGUUCCCUCUCUUUUUUCUCUCCCCUUCUCUCAGUUUUUAUUUGUUAUUUUCUUUCUUUGUCUCCUAUCCCCUCUUUGUCUCCUUCCCUCUCUUUGUCUUUAUCUUUCCUUCCCCUCAUCCCUCUUUUUUCUCCCUUCUCUCUCUAUCUUUUUCUCCAUCUUUUCUUCUCCUUGACUCCUUCCUCCUUCCUCGUCUCCUAUAACCCCUCCCUCUCCUCCUCCUGCAGCGGUCAGAUGAAUAUUUGAUGCUCCUGAAUGCGUCAGUGGGCGAGAGACCCUGUUUCGCUCUCUCUCUCUCUCUCUCUCUCUCUCCAGCUGAGUCAGCUUCUGUCCAAUCAUCUGUUAGAUCCCCCUCCUCUUCCUCCCCCUCCUCUUCCUCUCUCUCUUUCUCAUCAUGUGACUAAACAGGAAGUCCUCCCCUCAGUGUUACUUCAGGCCAAUUACAGAAUUGAUCAGAUGGAUGUCAGGAGUGUGUGUGUGUGUGUGUGUGUGUGUGUGUGUGUGUGUGUGUGUGUGUGUGUGUGUGUGGGUGUGUGUGUUAGCUGUUAGCAUGUUAGCUGCCGAUGAAUUAGUCAUGUGGAGUUAAAAGCUUUUUCUGACUCGGAGGACUCGCUGAGUCAGUCUCAUAAACAUCAUCAGCAUCGACUCUGACCCGACCCAGUAUGAGAGAUAAAGAACCCAAACAGAACCAACCGAGACCGAGAGAACCCAUAAAGGAGAGCAAGAGAGGGGGGAGACCGGGAGAGGAGGGGGAGACAAAAAAAACUGUAAAAUAAAUUAAAUAUAAAAAUCAAAAAGUGAUGAAAAGAAAACGACAAAAUGAGGAGUUAAAGCCAGUAUAAGGGAUUUUAGGAGGAGCUCUAAAAGAGGAAAAUACCCCACUGAUUUUUGGACUAUAUCAGAGCUCUCUCUCUCUCUCUCUCUCUCUCUCUCUCUCUCUCUCUCUCUCUUGUUUUUAUUAUUUUCUAAUUUGACAGAUAUUUUCUGAAUGAAACCGUAUUUUUACUUUGACUCUGUGUGUACCUUUAAAGGCGGAAACAGCGCCCUGUGACAGUGGCAUGAUGUUGAGUCCGUAUUGAUCCCGAUCAUCAGCUCUCCCAGCGAUCAAUAUUUUCAGUUUUGUGAAGUCUCGUUGAUUAUUCUCUGUUGACUGUUUUUCAUCGUUUUAUGUUUCAGUCUCCUUUUUGUUUUUCUUACAGUUCCUUUGGACUUAUGAUUUUGACGUGCAUGCAUCCCGUUUCUCCAUCAUCUCCAUGGUUACCCAGGGAUGUGAGUGGUUUCUAUAGCAACAGAGGGGCAACAGCUGCAUCACCAGACACCUGCUGAAGUGUAGUUCAUCAUCGUGAAAGAUGAAAAGAAAGGGUUCAAACACAACUUUAUCAACAAGAAUUACCUGUGACAAAGAAACAGACAGACAGGUGUGACUGAGGUCAUUAACAGACAGGUAUGACUGAGGUCAUUAACAGACAGACAGGUGUGACUGAGGUCAUUAACAGACAGGUGUGACUGAGGUCAUUAACAGACAGGUGUGACUGAGGUCAUUAACAGACAGACAGGUGUGACUGAGGUCAUUAACAGACAGGUAUGACUGAGGUCAUUAACAGACAGACAGGUGUGACUGAGGUCAUUAACAGACAGGUGUGACUGAGGUCAUUAACAGACAGGUGUGACUGAGGUCAUUAACAGACAGACAGGUGUGACUGAGGUCAUUAGCAGACAGGUGUGACCGAGGUCAUUAACAGACAGACAGGUGUGACCGAGGUCAUAAACAGACAGGUGUGACUGAGAUCAUUAACAGACAGACAGGUAUGACUGAGGUCAUUAACAGACAGACAGGUGUGACUGAGGUCAUUAACAGACAGACAGGUAUGACUGAGGUCAUUGACAGACAGACAGGUGUGACUGAGGUCAUUAACAGACAGGUGUGACUGAGGUCAUUAACAGACAGACAGGUGUGACUGAGGUCAUUAACAGACAGGUGUGACUGAAGUCAUUAACAGACAGACAGGUGUGACCGAGGUCAUUAACAGACAGACAGGUGUGACUGAGGUCAUUAACAGACAGGUGUGACCGAGGUCAUUAACAGACAGGUGUGACUGAGGUCAUUAACAGACAGACAGGUGUGACUGAGGUCAUUAACAGACAGACAGGUGUGACUGAGGUCAUUAACAGACAGACAGGUAUGACUGAGGUCAUUAACAGACAGGUGUGACUGAGGUCAUUAACAGACAGACAGGUGUGACUGAGUUCAUUAACAGACAGGUGUGACCGAGGUCAUUAACAGACAGGUGUGACUGAGGUCAUUAACAGACAGACAGGUGUGACUGAGGUCAUUGACAGACAGGUGUGACCGAGGUCAUUGACAGACAGGUGUGACCGAGGUCAUUAACAGACAGGUGUGACUGAGGUCAUUAACAGACAGGUGUGACUGAGGUCAUUAACAGACAGACAGGUGGGACUGAGGUCAUUAACAGACAGGUGUGACUGAGGUCAUUAACAGACAGACAGGUGUGACUGAGGUCAUUAACAGACAGGUGUGACCGAGGUCAUUAACAGACAGACAGGUGUGACUGAGGUCAUUGACAGACAGACAGGUGUGACUGAGGUCAUUAACAGACAGACAGGUGUGACUGAGGUCAUUAACAGACAGACAGGUGUGACUGAGGUCAUUAACAGACAGGUGUGACCGAGGUCAUUAACAGACAGACAGGUGUGACUGAGGUCAUUGACAGACAGGUGUGACCGAGGUCAUUAACAGACAGGUGUGACUGAGGUCAUUAACAGACAGACAGGUGUGACUGAGGUCAUUAACAGACAGACAGGUGUGACUGGGGUCAUUAACAGACAGACAGGUGUGACUGAGGUCAUUAACAGACAGACAGGUGUGACUGAGGUCAUUAACAGACAGACAGGUGUGACUGAGGUCAUUAACAGACAGACAGGUGUGACUGAGGUCAUUAACAGACAGACAGGUGUGACUGGGGUCAUUAACAGACAGACAGGUGUGACUGAGGUCAUUAACAGACAGACAGGUGUGACUGGGGUCAUUUACAGACAGGUGUGACUGAGGUCAUUAACAGACAGACAGGUGUGACUGAGGUCAUUAACAGACAGACAGGUGUGACUGGGGUCAUUAACAGACAGACAGGUGUGACUGAGGUCAUUUACAGACAGACAGGUGUGACUGAGGUCAUUAACAGACAGACAGGUGUGACUGAGGUCAUUAACAGACAGGUGUGACCGAGGUCAUUAACAGACAGGUGUGACUGAGGUCAUUAACAGACAGGUAUGACUGAGGUCAUUAACAGACAGGUGUGACUGAGGUCAUUGACAGACAGACAGGUGUGAUGGUGUGUCUGCACUGUGUCCCUCUGUUUCUCAUGUUUCUGUUUGUGUUUUUAUUUGCUGUCUAUUUUGGUUUAAAUUUACAGACUCUGUUACCGCACCUCGACACCAUGUCAGGUUUCACAGGAUCGCCAAAAAGAGGCGCCAUAAUUCAGCGUCAGGAUUUAUUAAAAUAAGGCGGAGUCAGCCAUGUUGUGUUUAUUAUUACUGGAUCAGCACAGUGUCUGUUUCAGUCAGUGUUGUUUCCAGAUCAGUUUUAAUUCCACUCUACAGAAAGUAAACAAAGCAGCACAUUCACCAAAGACAGCAUGAAUAUGAAAAUGUGAAAAGGUCUGAAUUUACUCCUCAGCUCAUUAUUUUGGAGUCUGUCUUACUCUGUGGAGCAGCAGUUUGGGAUUUAAGGCUGGAUUCUGGAUUUUUGUUUGUUUUUCUGACUAACUUCCUCCUCCUUGUGUCCAGCCAAGGACUGUGGCGGGUUUCAGGGGGACGGUCCGCUACGCCUCAGUCAACGCUCAUAAAAACAAGGUCAGAGCUGUUUGAUUCUUCAUCAGUGCAUGUAUUUGGUGGUGGUUGUUGUUGUUGGUACAUUUGCAAAGAGAGAGUUUUGGCCUCUUUUUUUUAGACUCAAGGUGGCUUCCAGGAUUCAGGUUCAAGAACUGAUCGAGUUCAAUAAAAGCUGUAAUGAGUAUUAAAUAACAAACACUGUGAGUUCUUUACCCCAUCGAGUCACAUCUACCUUUAGAAAUCUAAGCAUUGUUCAAAAUGGCUUCACUGCAGACUCCUGAAUGAUAUUUACAGGGGGCGCUAUUGGGCACUUAAAGAUGGGCAAGGCUUUUAAAAUCAACUUUUACCGUUUCUGACACAAACACAAAGCUUCAUUAGUUUUGGUACAAGUCAAAGCAGUACGGUAGCCCUGAGGGACAACUGAGCAAAUUUUUAAGAUUACGAAAAAAAUGAAAACAAAAUUUAAAUUGCAGGAAAAAAAACCCAAAUGGAAAAAUAUUUCAGGAAACAACUUUUUUAAACGCGGAAAGCACUUCACUUAAAAUUAAUUUUUAUUCUUUUUUUAUUUUAUUUUACUUAACCUUAAAAAAAAACAUGCAAAAAUAUUUCAUUUAACAUUUUGUAAAGUGAUUUUUAUUUUUCUAUUAUUUACUUUGAAUUUGUGUUUGAUGUAAUAUUUUUGUUCUAUAAAAUAUUUUUACAUUUUUUGGUAAUUGAUUUAUUAAAUAUUUUUGUGUAAUGUUAAAUACUGUCGAUUUACCAUGUUAUAUUAUAUAGACACGUGAAUGUUUCUUUUAAGUAGUUUUUGUAUUUAGAAAGAAAAUCUGUGUUUUUCUCCAAAUUAAUAUUAUUUUGUGAUUUUUGGAAUAAUUAAAUGUCUGUUAACCUUUUUUUGUGUUUCGUAAAAUAUUUCCAUGUUUGGUUUGAAAUUUUGUUGUGUUAGCCAGUAUCAGCCGUUUAGUAUGAAAGUAUUUAAUUUAAUUAUUUUGAUUUAAAAUGUAUAUUUUGUAAAUAAACCCAGACAAAAAAAACAUAAAUAUUGAUUUUAAGUUCUUCAUUAAAAUGUUUGUUAGCCUUACGAGUAUAUGCUGUUUGCUUUUAAUUUUGUGUUUUAUGUUAAAUGUUAAAAUUUUGUUUUGUUAAAGUCUGAAGUUUUAAUUUUAUUUUUGCAUCUGUUGAUUUUUGUUGUCUUCUGUUUUCAUUCCAUGACAUUUUUUUGUGAUUUUAAUUUUUUUCUUGUUCACUGAAACAUUUUUUAGGUUCUGUUGAAAAAUUUUGCGCUCUCAAAACAUUCUUGUGUUUCAUUAAAUAUUUUUGAGUUCUGUUUAAUGUUAAUUUGUUGGAUAAAAUGUUUUUACAUUUGGUGAAAUGUUUUUUGCAGUUCUGAAAUCUUGCUUUUGACCCCUUUAAGCCACCGUAGCGUUGUUGGUCAUGUGGCAGGAGAAUCAAAGUUUAUUUUUUUUCAGGUUCUUUUAAACAAAACAUGGAAAAUAUUUUUGAUCUUGUUUCCCCAGGAAAUGGGUCGCCAUGAUGACCUGUGGUCGUUGUUUUACAUGUUGGUGGAGUUCGCUGUUGGACAGUUGCCAUGGAGAAAGAUCAAAGACAAGGUCAGACUCCAGAAAAACCAGUAAAACCAGUAAAAGUGGAACCGGACCACAAACAGAACUCAAAGUCUAUCAGGAACACAUUCAGCUCAGCCACGUAUUUGAUCUGAAAUGGACUUUUAUUGAUUUCUGCAGGAACAAGUGGGUCAGAUAAAAGAGCGUUACGACCAUCGGAUGCUGCUCAAACACAUGCCUUCAGAGUUUAAUAUCUUCCUGGACCAUGUUCUGGCCCUGGACUACUACACCAAACCAGACUACCAGGUACACAGAGUCCACUUAGAUCUGGGUUUAAAUCGGGGUUUAAAUCCAGACGACAGGUUGAUGGUUUAAAUCCGUCUUUUUGUCUAGCUGCUCAUGUCGGUGUUUGAGAACAGCAUGAAGGAGCGAAUCAUCACAGAGAACGAGCCUUUCGACUGGGAGAAGGGAGGAAGUGAUGUCACGCUGUCGACCAGUGCCUCCACACAACCACAGCACAACACCAGACCAACCGCCGCCAUGGUGGGGUAAGUACCGAGCUAUCAGUCAGCACUCGCCUCUGAAAACCAUCUUCUGUAGAGCUACUCGAAUCUGAAUCUGAGAUGGUGGCGCCAAACUGUUGAAGUCAAGAGAAAAACCGCCAAAAACCCGGGUACUGAGUCUUCGGGGUUCUGCGUCCACAGAGCCAUUGUGACGCCUGUUCCUGGAGAUCUUCAGCGGGAGAACACCGACGACGUUCUGCAGGAUGAACACCUCAGUGAUCAGGAGAACGCCCCCCCGGCCCCGCCCAGCAGACCUCCAGGGGAGACGAGCGCCCAGCAUGCCGGUGAGACGGGAGAGGCCUGGGAGGACACGGACUUCAACCGCAACAGACUCAGAAUCAGCCUGAACAAGGUCCGAAACUCCCUCCGUUUGGUUCCGAUCCCUCCUUUCUGAUUAAUGUCCAAAUAACUUCAUGAAACAUCACUUCCUGUACCUUCUAGGGGGCUCAGGAGGAGGAGUCAGGUCGUGGGGCGUGUCCAGUGUCCCCAGUCCGGGGUGGGGCCCCUGAUUCGCCCACAGGUCAAGGUCGGUCGCUUCGGUACCACAGAGUCAACAGCCCUGAAUCGGACCGUCUGUCUGCUGCUGAAGGACGAGCUGACGGCUACGGUCAGAGGUGAAACUGGUUUACAUUCACUCUUGAACCUGACUCGGCGUGAAGACCAGGGGGUCUGGUGACUCACCUCAGACUCGAGACUCGACUUGGUCUGAUCCUCAAUGACUUGAAUCUGUUUUAGUCUCACUCCUGACCUUGGACUUGCCCUUGUUUCCUUAAGACUUGGGUUGAAACUUUGUUCGACCCACCUUUGACUUGACCCUUAAGACUUUGACUUGGUCUUGACUGACUUGACUUGUCUGUCUCAGCAAAGACUUGAGACCUGGAUCAAAGCUUGAUUUGGUCCAAUGUCUUUUAGUUUGACUCCUAGUCGCAGACUUGAAGCUCUGUCUCUGAGGACUCGUGGCGUCACUCAGGCAUCACCUUACAGACUCGAGGAGAGACUUGAUCUAGUCGCACCUCACUUGAACCUCUCCCUUACUGAAUCCAAAUGAUCUUGAGGAUCCCAUGAAAGACUCGUAACUUUAUUUGACUCGUCCUCACUCUACUCAAAACUUCCUGAGGACUCGAACCUGUCGAAAGUGGCCCUUAGGUUAUUAUUGAACAAGUCUUUAUGAAGUCUUGUCUAAACUGAUUAGACUAUAAUAAUGACAAGUUUAACUCAGACCUGCUCUUACUGACUCUUUGACUUGACUUGGCGUUGCUCCCAAAGACUCAGGACAUGUUUGGACUUGUCUUCAAUGAUUUGUCCAUGUCUUGGUUUAAUGAAAACAGGGUUUACUUUAUGAGGACUUGACUAACUCCGGCUUGAGGUCAGGGACUCGAGAGUUAACUUGUCUGAACCAAACUUAGAAGGUUGGACUUGGACUAGACUUAAAACUUUUGUGUUUGUUGUAAAUUGACUUGGACUUGGAUCCAAGUUCUUUGGGUUUAUGUUUAGCCCUCCUUCCUGACUUGGAUUCUGCAUCAGUGACUCGUGGAAGCGUUUCUGAGGAGAUUUGGCUUGACUUGAGUUUUACCUCGGUAAUUGAGUGUGAAUCGGUUUUGAUUCGCCGGACUUGUAACCCGACUCGGACUGUUUAUCCCCAACUUCAGUCUGACGUCGAGACUUUAGACAACAAGAACUUUGACUUAAAAACCCUCAUGACCUGACCUGGAGUUCCCCUGAAGACUGAACGUUUCCUUGACUUGGCCACAAGACCUUGGCAACUGACUUAGUCUCAGAUGACUUGAUCUGGGACUUGGACUUGGACUGAUUCGGCUUCAGGCUUUCCUUGACAAGUCUGGAAAUUGAAACUGAACCAAACUUGAGACCUGACUCUGGGAUGGUGGUUACAGCUGAGUCUGAGCUCUCAGUGUGUCCUGGUCUCUAAAUGUCCUGUCCGUGUCCUCUAGGUCCAGAAUGGACAUCCUUGGAUCUCCAUCUCGCCAUGUUUACUCCUCCCAGCCCGCUCAGAUGCUGUCUGUUGAUCCUGGUUGCCGGGGUGACCGACAGGUCAGCGGUCGUCAAGAGGUAUCGGUGGCAUCGGUCGACCAAGAGGCGCACAGUAACGCCUUCAUCCGCUCUGUCCCGCUGGCGGAGGAGGAGGACUUUGACAGCAAAGAGUGGGUGAUCAUCGACAAAGAGGCGGAGCUACGAGACUUCCAACCAACAACGUCAGGAACCACAGACGAGGAACCAGAGGAGCUCCGGCCCCUGGAGGAGCAGGAGGAGAGGAGGAGGCUCAGAGCAGGAGGUAAGAGUGUUUUAGUCCACAUACCCUUCCUCUGCAGCCCGCCUCCACGCCAGCUCCUAUAUAGAUAAAAAAAGGAGCAUCAGCAGAGUUCCCAGCGCUCAGGGCUUUGAGGACUUCGCUGAUGCUCUCCCCGCCGCAGGUUACGCACAGGAAAGGACAGGAAGCCCAAAGAACAGAGACGUAUCGCCAAAAAUAACUUAAUACAGGGAAAAUAUUGUCUUGGAUGAAAGAGGUCCUGACUGAAUUAUAGGUCUCAAAAACAAUAAGACGACAGUCACCACAUGUCCAGUGUUUUCUCCUCCUCUUCUCGAACCUCGUCCUCGACCAAAUCAAAUAUGAUCAAAUUCAUGUGUUCAUAAUAAAUUAAUGUUAUAUAUAAACAUAUAAAAUCAGCAGAUCUCUGUAAGAUAGAAUCAUUUCUGAGUGUUUAUCCUCCUCUAACUAAAAUCUGACCCUGAUUACUCUGAUAUAAAAAUAACUGCUGAUUUGAGAUGUGAUAUCUUCUCCCCUGAUGAUCUGAAGGACCUGUUCAUCCUCAUGCAUGUCCAUCCACCUGCUCUGAACUGAGGACAAAGUAGAAACUGUCCAAAUGUCCCCCUCUCUUUGUCCCACACUGCAGAACUUGGACGUCAGAUUCUCGACUGUAAAAACUCCCAUCAUGCCCGGUUCUAAACAUGGAGGCAGAUUCUCACCCGUGCACACACGCAGGAGCACACAGACUUCUCCUUCCACACAUGUCCCACUCUGAGACAUCCAUAUCUAGUGUCAUGUAAAGUUUCCUUCAUGUCUGAGGAUGUUUAGUGGAUGAAUCUUCAGACUCUCUCAGUCCAUGAAUGAAGACUUGCGUGCUCAGCGGCUCUGAAGGGGUUAAAAUGAUGUGCGGCUCAGUCUGUCGUCUCACUAAGUCAGAUUUAGAGUCCUGCUGAUCGACUGACUGCAGAGAAAAGGUUUAAUAUGUUGUUAUGGAGCCGUAAACACACGCUCAAAAAAACUGUUUUUAAUGGAAGUCUAUUGGCCGACAAAGGAGGGUGGGUGGAGCUAAAAUGACGAAGAACUACAGGAGACACAGAGUUUUUUUUUAAUAUGAAUAAAAAUAAGAACUCUGAGAAAAUGAGAGUUUCUGAUCUUUAAAACUGUCAGCUCAGAAUAAAGAGGAAGAACGGAGGUGAAUCCAGAGCCUCAGAGACAGAUGGUCACGUUCACAUAAUUCUGAAACUGUGUCUGAGAUGAACCCCUGACCCCUGACCCCUGACCCCCAUAUGGGGUUUCACUGUAUAUCUGACUCUGUAGUGAAACUCAGUCACCGGAGGUUUCAGACACUACAUGGCAAGACGCAAUGCAUGAUGGGAUGCCCGCCACCGGUGAGUUACCAUUGGAUGGUCACUGCAUUUUGCAAUGCUUUAUGGGAAAUUUUGAGUCGCCUAUAUGGGGUAUUGGAGUUGAUCACUGAGGUUUGGGACACCCCUUAAAAAUGGCGCUGACCCCCACAUAGUCGUCUAGUUGGGGUUAGGGAUCCAUUUCAGACACAGCCUUGGACCUUACCUGCAUGAACCUCCAUCUCUGUUCACCGUUUGGUUUCCUGCAGGGGGGGAGCUGGUGGUUCGGCCCAAGACCCACACCAGGGAGAGCACCCGAGGGAUGCUAACGCUAACAGAGGAGGAGGCGUCCAGGAGGAGCGGCGGGAGCCCCGCCCAGUCACCGUGUCACUCAUUACCAUCAGGACGCCCUCGCCGGAGAGAGUCAGAGCCGAUUGGACCUCAGAGACCGGUAAGAGAACCAGCCAGCCAAUCAGAGGAGAGCUUGGCUCUCAGGUGUUGGUGGACAGAUGAAGAGGAGGACAGCUGCUGUGCAGAGACUCGGUCUGAGGGGGGCGCUGUGCUGCAGCUGCUCCGCCUCAUUUACCUGUCCGCCAACUGAAGCUAAAGGGCAAAUCCAGCACGAUCACAGGUCUGCUUCUGGUUCCCCCUCAUUUGGUUCCCAACAUAGUCCAGGAUCCUGGAGGUUCCCCUCAGGGAACUUUAAAGAAAUCAGAGGAGCGGGUCCGAGUCUGAGGUUGGUGAAGGUUUGUGUUGUUUGAGUGUUUUCAAACACGUCCUUUAAAGAUCUGAACCUUCAUCAGUGUCCAACCACGACUCCUCAACAAGACCGCCUCCGUUUCAGCUCCUGAAUUUGGCCUUUUCAGUGUCCCAGUUUUUAGGACAUAGGUGUCCACGUGAGGACAUGAGCAGACCGUGGACGAGUGAAGGUUAGCAGAGAUACUGGUUUCACCCAGCCUUAGACCAGGGUUCUUAGAGCUGGCUCCUGACUGGUUAAUUAAUAGAGCCUGACUCUGAUUGGACGACAUCAUGCUGUAUUCAGUUCUUGGUUCAAAGUCCAGUUACCCUGAAUGAACGAGAACUUACACAGACAUCAUGGAUCUGUUGGAUUUGGAGGUAAAUCACUGUGACUCUUGCUGGACUCGUCCUUUGAAAACGCCACAGACAGUUAACGGCGGCAGCGUUUAAAGCGGUACAUCUGUCACAUGCAGUCUGUCUGUUUGACCAGCAGCAGCCAGAAAACCCUCGUCUUUCUGUCCUGCUGAAGCUGAAGUGAACUCUGUCCAACUGGAGCGUGUCUCUGUAGACGCCGAUGACGCCACAGUUUCCUGUCCACCGUGACUUUAAGCAGGAACCCUUCGUUAUUAUUGAUGUUGACUCAGACGGGCUGCUGAGUCGGCCUUUAGGACAGACGCACUCUCUCAAAGGUUCCUCUGGUGAAAGGGUUCUGGAGGUCCAGACUGACCCCGGUGUCUCGCUGUGAGCCUCUUAGAGCCUGUAGAACUAGAGCAGCUAGAUUAACUCAGAAAUGAUCAUGUUGGUGUCAUCUCUUCAUACCUGCGCUCCCUCUCUGCUGCUGCUGAUGGUUCGAUUCCUCCUCGGCUGCUUGUGACAGAAAAACACUUUGACCGUCCGGCUGUUUGAACGCUGCUGCCCCCUGUUGGAGAAAAGCUGAAAGUUUUACUUCUCUUUGCUUCUGUUCAUGACUUUUUCUUUGAAUCAUUGUUUUAUUUUGAAGGAGUGAAUGGGAAACAACAUCUACUUCCUUCCUGUACAGCCUGACUUGUUACCUGCUCCUCUCCUCCUCCUCUCCCUGCUGUCCUCUCCUCUUUCUUCUCCUCCUCUACUCACGGCUGCAAAAUUGUUUGUUUUGCUGCAGCACAUCAUAUGGUUAACUUCAGCUGGUUAACUAUAGCUGGUUAUCUUUAGCUAGUUAACUAUAGCUGGUUAACUUUAACUAGUUGAAUUUUGGUGGUUAACUUUAGCUGGUUAACUUUGGCUGGUUAAUUCGAGCUAGUUAACUUUAAAUUGUUGAAUUUUGGUGGUUAACUUUUACUGGUUAACUUUAGCUGGUUAACUAUAGCUGGUUAUCUUUAGCUAGUUAACUCUAGCUAGUUAACUUUAACUUGUUGAAUUUUGGUGGUUAACUUUAGCUAGUUAACUUUAGCUGGUUAACUUUAACUAGUUAACUUUAGCUGGUUAACUUCAGCUGGUUAAUUUUAGCCCCGCCCUCCCCGUGACAGGCGCUGAGGUCGAGCUCAGAUGGCGGUUACCAUCAGGGACUGUAGGACAGUUUUUUGAAGGAUCUGGUUUUUAGUCUAACAGGAGCUCAGUCCUCUUCCUCUAACGUCACCCUGGAGCCGAGACCUUCAGUACCUUCAAACGUUACUGCUGUACUGAUGAACUGGGGGGGAACUGGGGGUGAACUGGGUUUGAACUGGGGGUGAACUGGGUUUGAACUGGGGGUGAACCAGUGCAGUGCUGUGAAGUCUGGUUUGGAGAGGCAGUCCAACAUGUCGGCCCAGGUGUGGGUUUUUGGAGGUUCUUGGAUGUUUUUGGAGGUUCUUGGAUGUUUUUAAAGGUUUUAAAGGUUUUUAAAGGUUUUUAAAGGUGUCCUGUUCUGUUGCUGUUGCUCUCUUCAAACAUGGAGGAUCUUCUGCUGCUUCUUGUUGUAGGAUAAAGAGUUUGAGGUUGUAGAUGUGCGGCUGCUUUAACAGAGGUCAUCUGCAGGUUUCACUGGUUUGAGCGGUCGUGUCGUUUCUCAGGUUCCUCUCAAAGACACUCGUCACUCGUUGGGCUGUUUGUUGUCUUUUGACUGACCGGAGUGGACAGAGGUUUGUGCAUUACCGACAGUUUAAUGAGUUUAUGUGUAAAAAUAACCAGAAACCCGUGAACAGAAACUAAAGAGGUUGUUUUGGUGCCAAAAGUCCAUUAAACUGUAAGAGUUCCACGACUUUAACCCCGUCUGUCACACAUCAAAAUAAUAAAACACUCGAAUGUGAAAGUCCGAGGUGACGUUUCACAUCCAUGAACUCGAGUCCUGAACUCUUAAACCAACAAAUCUGAGAAAACUCAGACAGCGACCUGUCGGGUUAAAAAACAGAAAAAACAAAAAUCCGAGGAAACGGCACUCGGCGUGUCCUCUGACGGACACUCGGCGUGUCCUCUGACGGACACUCGGCGUGUCCUCUGACGGACACUCGGCGUGUCCUCAGACGGACACUCGGCGUGUCCUCUGAGGGACACUCUGAUGGACAGGAUGGUGCUCAGAGUGUCUCUGCUGAAAUGUCCGUUCGUCAUCGUCCUGCAGAGACAUCAGGUGUCCCGUUCUUCACUCGCUCAGCACUUUCAUGAACUUCAGCUGCUUUCAUUUCUCCUAAAUCUGAACUCUGGUCUCAAACUGCUGCUUCUGUCGUUGAGUUCAGACUAAACUAUCACAGAUGUUUUUAUCUCAAGUCCACAUGAUCGGUGUCUUCUCUAUGUCUGUUUUAUGGUUUUAAAGAGGCGUCGAUAAAGUCGACAUGAUGACCGUUAUUCAUCCUCUAAAAUUAAACUUUGGUUUGUUCCAUUUCAAAACAGACUCUGACAAAUAACUCAAAGACUUGAUUUUAAACUGAACAAAGUGAAUAAACCAGAUUAAGAUUAUAUUACAUUAUAUUACAUUAUAUUAAAUUAUAUUAUAUUAUAUUACAUUAUAUUAUAUUAUAUCAUAUUAUAUUAUAUUAUAUUAUAUUAUAUUAAAUUAUUAUAUUAUAUUAUAUUAUAUUAUAUUAUAUUAAAUUAUAUUAUAUUAUAUUAUAUUAUAUUAUAUUAUAUUAAAUUAUAUUAUAUUAUAUUAUAUUAAAUUAUAUUAUAUUAUAUUAUAUUAUAUUAUAUUAUAUUAAAUUAUAUUAUAUUAUAUUAUAUUAAAUUAUAUUAUAUUAUAUUAAAUUAUAUUAUAUUAUAUUAUAUUAUAUUAUAUUAUAUUGUAUUAUAUUAUAUCAAUAAAGUUAUUCUUAUUCAAACAGACAAAUGUGCUUUUAGUAAAUAUCUGCUGGUUUAGACUUUGAUGUUUGUAAAAAGUAUUCAGAGGAUCUACAGAAGUCUCUGUACUAAAGGGGGACCAGGACCAGAACCAGGACUGGAUGGUCCUGAUCUUCAGGGCAUUAAAAACAGACAGGACUCUGGAGUGGGAAUGACCACAUGGACUCAGAACCACUUAAAAAACCAUCAUCUAUGAACACAAUUCAUCACUGCAUCUACUAAUGAGGUUCAGACUGGACCAUGGCAGAGGAGGUCAGAUAGAACCAGAACCACCAGAGACUCCUCUGGACCUGAGUCCAUUUAAGGAGGACUGAGAGGAGAACCGACCUGAGGUCUGAUGGAUCAUAAUCUGACCUUCUUCGUUGAAAAAAGACAACUGGACUUAGUUGAGACGUUUGGCCUCAGGUGAAACAUCUCAACUAAGUCCAGAUGUCCUUUUAACGAAGAACUAGAAAUCAUAGAUGCUGCAUCCUCAGUUUUAAACAAGAUCUCCAGGUUUAGGAGGAACAUCUGCGUCCAUUUUUCCCCAACAAAAAUGUUCUCAAACGUUUUCUUCUCAUUAUUUUUAAUGAAACUUUUAAAUGUCGACAAACUCCGAAACCUUCAGUCUAAAGACGUUCAGGGUGAAGCGGGUUCAGAGUUCGGACGUCGAACCUGAAAAUACGAACAAAACAAAAAGACGCCGCAGCAGAGGACCAAAUCUGACGGGGGUGAAAACCUGACUACAUGGUCUCCAAGAGGGUCUCCUUUAGGACCAGACUACAUGUUCAAACUGGAUCUGGAUCCUAAUCCAGACUCUGAAGGUCAUGAUUGUGUGUGUGUGUGUGUUCCUGAUGCUGGUCUCAGAGGACCUUCAGGAUUCCUUCACAUCCUGACGGUUCAUGUUCUCAAUGACGCUUCAGCUCUGAUACUGUGGUUGAUUGAUUGAUGAUUGGUUGAUUGAUUGAUUGAUUGAUUGAUUGAUUGAUUGAUUGAUUGAUUGAUUGAUGGUUGAUUGAUUGAUUGAUUGAUUGAUUGAUUGAUCUUCUUACUUUCUUUAUCCAUUGAUGAAUUUUGGUUCAGUUCCACAUGUUUGUGACCAUUUGAUUUCCUCAUGCACUCACUCAUGUUGACUCACACUCGUCAGGUUUGGUCCUCGCUGACGUUCACAGGCUGGAUCAAUCGUCUUUUAGUCGUUUGGGUUUUUUUUUUGCCGCUUCUUUUAUUUCCGUGCCGAUAGUGAGCUCCGCGCCACGCCAACCAUCGAGGACUGCCAUUCUCUUUUUUUACUCCUCUCCAAUUCUCCCCCUCCCUCCACAUAACUACUGACGCCUUUGCCCCCCCCACCUAUGGCUUUAUAAGUACACAGUAUGUCGAGUUUGACUCACCUGAGGAGACAGAGACAGAGCGAGGGUGCCAUUGGGACAACACAAGAAGAAAUAAAGUGAUGUUUCGGGGUAAGCACAGUUUAGGAAUAGUCCUUUACCUCUGUUCUCUCACUCAGUUUCUGUUCCUCCUCCUCCUCCUCUUUUUUUCUUCUGUUCACACAUUUCUCCUCCUUUUUUUCCUCCGUCGUCGUGUGUCUGUGUUUGGUGUGCUUGAUGACUCCAUCUCUCUUUUGUGUUCCCCGUUUCUUUUUGCAUCUCCAAAGCUCAUCUUUUCCUCCUCCUCAGGCUCAGACUGUCGUAGAUUAGUCAGAUCAGUAUGGUCAGUGUUGUGCUGGUGACUCUGUGUCUCUUUAACUGCUUCUCUGUGGGGGAGAUGGAAACCCACGCAGCUAACAUCUACUCUCCUGUCUAGAUCUAUUUCUCUAGAAUCUAGCAUGUGAUAGCUGUAAAUGUAGACUGUACGCUCCCCCUGCUUCUCUCACAGGCUCCUCCCCUCACAGCCUUUGACCAAUCAGCUGCUUUAGAUGAGUGAGAGCACCAAUCAGCUCUCUCCUGUCUAACGCCUGGUCAGUGAGGGGGAGGGGCCCAAAGUCAAAGUGUUUGUCGUAGCGGUAGGAAAAUAUGUCAUCAAACAUUCAUUUAUCGCAGAGAGUCUGUUUCCGCCUGUUAACCCCGCCCCCUCUCUCUCUGAUUGGUCUGUUUGCAGUUAGAAGAGGAGAGACACCAUCCGCGGCCCAAUCAGCUGAGGAGGCUGGCCUCCUACGUCUUCUCCUCCUCCACCCUGGAGACGGAGCAGUAUCCGCACGGAGGGAGCAGCUUCAUCCAGAGGAGCCGCUCUGCCGAGAGCAGCCCCGCCCACGUCAACGCCGCCACGGCCUCCGUGCGACGGCGGCACGCCGGCACCCUGCCGACGCCCGGCAGCCCGCGGAGCAGACAUUCAGUGCUGAACGUGUCGAGGACGCAGCUGCAGCAGAUGUUAGCCAAGCUCAUGAACAAGAACAGCAGCUGAGAGACAGCGCGCACGCACACACACACACACUUAUACACACACACACACACACACAGAGUCUGAUAAAACAUUUCAGGGCCCGGGCCAGAGUGUGGCCCCCCCGGCCCCCCUCCCAGUGUCCUUUAACUUUAAAAAGCGGAGGAGGAUGGCGCCUCAUUACGUCAUCAUCACAGCCACUUUGGGGUUAGUCCAGGCAGGCCGCCAGGUCAGGAGAACCGUGCUGGACCUGAGGGCGGAGCUGCAGGGAGACAGAUCCUCCGAAACAUUGAUGAAAACUCAUCAGGACAUGAAUCAGUCAGGUCAUACAGGCAGAUCAGUGAGGGCGCCCCCUGCUGGCUACAUCCACGUCUUCAGUACUUUUUUGAAUCAACUUCGGACACAAUUAACAUAAAUUAACAUCAAAAUUUGGCAAUAACUUGUUAAAAAUAAAACAUUCAAUAAGCCGAACUGGUUCAGCUCUUACUGGGCCGGUUCACGGCUGGGAUGAGAAUCAGAACCUCCAAGUCCGAGGUCAUGGUCCUCAGUCCUCAGUGACCCGGACCAGGAUGAAGCGGAAAAAAACGACGACAUUCAAUCAGCCAGAAAAAAAGGGACACUGUCCCUUUAAAUUUGAAUCUAAUGAAAUUGAGAGUAAAUCAAAAAUAGCAGAUUUAUCCCGUUGAACGUUUUCUGGUGACUCUGUGUGUUUAAACACAUGAUCAGACUCACAUCUCAUAGACACAGAUACAACAAGCCAUACAGCCUGCACACACAGCUGGUAAACACACUGACACACACACACACACACACACACACACACACACACACACACUCUCUCUGACUUGGCUGUUGGACUCUUUCCUGAUUAAAGGAGCAGAGGAAGAAGAGAAAAGUGCUGACGACACGAAAUAAAUUCAUGCAAUAAACUCUGAACGCCUCUCUGCAAACCUUCUGUCGCACACGCCGCAGACCUGGAGGCAAACGGAGGAAAUAAUGUGAAACGGAGACUUUCCUUCCAUGAAGAGGAGGAGGAGGAGGAGGAGGAGGAGGAGGAGGAGGAGGACACAGUGCGGCUGCUAUCAGACUGUUAAGCUUUACAGUAAUUUGUGCGUUUUUUGAUUUUCCUUCGGUUUCCUGCUGAAUGAGGAGCGAUCGUCCAGGAAUGCAGGUCGUCCCGGCGAUCAAGUUUUUGCACCGAGACUUUGGAGUCUGCUCCAAUCAUCCUGUCCACCGAGCAAUACGCCAUCACAGCUUCACAACUCGUCUUCACCGACACAAAACCAGUGACCCUGAACGCCUCGCUGUGAUUCCUGAUCCUCCAUUAAACGUUUGUGUGUGUGAAGAGAAAGGUGUGAGUUUUCUCUGUGACUGAAGGUGCUGAGCUUCUCUGUACGGUGGCCCUGAACUGACAAUAUUCUAUACCUGAAAAAAAAAAAAAGAACUGAGCACCAUCAAAAAGAGGCCCCACAACAAUUCAACUCAAAAUCAAUCUCAAAUCUGAAAUCCAUAAAAAUUCUUUGAAGUCUUUCACAAAAAUAUUAAAACUUCAAUUAAAAAUAUAAAUAAAAAAAUAAAAACCAAUUAAACGAAAAACAAACAAACCUCUGAACCUUCUGAUUUAGCUUCCAUUUUCUGCAUUAAUUUAUUAAAGUUCGGUUUUAAAGCUGAAAACUAAAUAAAAAAAGGUUUAUUUUUCUUCAUCGAACGGGAGGCGAUUUAACAGAAAGGCAUCAUGGGAAAGGAGAUGUCUCCGAACAGCUGCAAAGAAACCGACAACUUUGUUCCGAUGUCCUUUUCCUGUUUGAGCAGCUGAAGUUCUCCAUCAUCUCAGGAUGUUUAUUCAGAGUCACUCAGUGUGUUCAAGAUACGAGGAGCGAGAACUGAGACUCAGCAGGGACAGGAGGACAGGAGGACAGGCAGUCCACCACCAGUGUCCAUUAGGGGACUCGUGGGACUUGUCCCGCCUUUCAGGUCACCUAAGGCUCCGGUUAGCCUAAAGCUCCUUUCACACCGGGACCGUUUUUUUCAUGCGAUUAUUUCAGACGUCGAUAUUUUUUUUGAACCCGUAUCCUGUCACAUCAGCGACGGUUCCCCCGUCCUGCGAAAUUGCGGCAUUUUUUUGGAUCACAGUCGAUUUUUCUAAAGUUUCUCAUACUGUGUGUCCACUUCUGACCAAUCAGAUUUCGUGUUGUUGCGACGUCAGAUUCACCGUUAUAUCCAACAUGGCCGACCGGCUGAUUGUUUACGUGUCGGAGAACAGAGUGAUUUUCUUCUCAAUCGUUCACCUUUACGUAUGUUUUGUCAUGAAUUUGUCCCGUUACCGUUUUUACCGUAACGGCGGCUGAACUGCGAACAAACAAACUUUCCUCUCACUGAACAGGUCCAUUAUAAACAAGCGUGAUCUUACCUCAGACACACGGCGAGGCGCUGCUCCGGGUCAACCGCUCCCUGAAAUUAGUCCUCUGCCUCUUUAAACUUGGAGCUCAUUGUUUCAGCAGAACUUCAGAUUGUACAACGGAGAUCUGAAAAUAGGUUCUGAAGCGACCAUGGUCCAGUUUCAGCUCCUGAACCGAGCAGAGAAACUCACCAAGUUCUCUUCUUUUUUCUGAUAUUGACCAGCUUUUCUAGCCAAUCAGAGGCGAAGGAGGCGGGACUUUCCCCGGGAUCCGUCUUUUCCCUCCAGAAAGUCGCAAAAUCACAUCGGGCUUGAUGUGUUUAGUCAGGCGCGUCAAAAUUUGCCUUUUCGUAAUUUCGUGUCGUAUAUUUGCGUCGGUCCCAGAGUGUAAGGACCUUUGAGCAGCUGGAACCAGCAGGAAAGUUCAUGUAGAUCCAGUUGAUGGUGAGACUUUCAGAGCUGAUUCCAGAAACCAUGAUGUGUGUUUUUUGUCUAAUUUGGCUGUUUGGGGUUUUUUGGACGAACUCGCUGAGGUUCAAACUCAGCUGUUUUGGUACCUGAUGUUCUGGAUAUCUGGAGAAACUGAAGAAGUUUUGUUUUGUUGCUUCAAAAUGAGAAAAUGAAAUGAAUCAGAAAAAAAAAAACACUGGUCAAAGUGUCUCCAAAGUCUGCGUGGUUGGUUGAGUUAUCGUCCUUUCAGGUCUUCCAGAGGACAGGGUCAGUUUGGGUCGUUGUCGUGGGGACUCUGAGUGUUCGUGUGCCGUGUGUUCUUCUUCGCAGCUGUUUCUGGCUCCUUCCCAGUUUGUUGGAGAAACUUUUGAGCUCCAUCUUGUUGUAAAUGUUGCACCGAGGUUUUCCUGGUUCUUGACGUCUUGUGUCGGAUCAUUGUCUUCUCACCGUCACGCUUCCCUCUUCGUCACUCUUCACUGCUGCACUUUAUCACAGGAGAGAGCAGAGAGAUGAAAAUAUAGAUGCAAAAACAUAGAUGCAAUAAGUAAGAAGUGGGGAGGUCUUAGAAGUCCUUUCCCGUUGGUGUGAGGUCGGAUCUUUGUGGACAGAUGAAGACCCGCCCCCGUCUGCCUGAACAGAGUCUAAAGGGCUGUUUGUGGUUAACAGGAGCGUCUCCAUGGCAGCCAGUUUCCUGACCUCAUGCCAAGGCGGGGAAGCCUCAAUGUCACGCCCACCCUGCUGACAUCAUUUCACCACUUUUGACCAAAGACAGAGUUACAGCGCCCCCUAGUCUCAAACCGACAUAUGCAGUUCAAAUGUUGGAUAUUUCAACUAAACGUGGACCAAGGUCCCAUCAGCAGGUUUUCUCUCUGAACUCUACAGAUUAUUAUGUUGCUAAGGAAGAUUCCAGAGAGCUGGCCAAUCAGAAGCGAGUGGAGAUAUAAAGAGACAGUACCUGGAAUCUCCUGGGGCUAGACUGGGGUUUUAUAACGGGGGAGGGGGGGAUCAGGACAUGUUUGGAUUGUGAGAAAUUCAAAGGUACUAAAGAGGCUGAACUGAGUAAGAGUGUAAAACUCCAAACAAUCAGAACAUAAAAGAAGUUAGCUGGUCAGGAAGACAGACAGACAGUCCAGCACCAUAACAGAACUAGACCUAUUACUGUACUCAUGUUCACCCUUUAGAGCGGCACAGUGCUGUAGAGGUUAACACUGUCGCCUCACAGCAAGAAGGUCCUGGGUUUGAAUCCGGGUCAGGGUGUUUCUGUGUGGAGUUUGCAUGUUCUCCCUGUGUCUGCGUGGGUUUACUCCGGGUUAGGUUAACUGGCCACUCUCAAAUUGCCCGUAGGUGUGAAUGUGAGCGUGGACGGUUGUCCGUCUCUGUAUGUCAGCCCUGCGAUGAACUAGCGACUUGUCCAGGGCGUCCCUUGCCUUCGCCCGAAGAUGCUGGGAUAGGCUCCAGCCCCCCCAGCAACCCCGGGAACAGGAAUAAGUGGUAGAAGUUGGAUGGAUGGAUGGAUGGAUGGAUGGGUGUUCACCCUUUAUCCUGUCAGUCUGGGACAUCUGUACGUUAGUUUAGCAGGAUUAGCAGCCCUGGUAAAAACUUGUUUAUCUCUUAUUUCAGCUUUAUUCAGCCUCGGACUGAAACUCUUCGUUUCGCUGUUUUUACUUUGAUAGAAAAUUAGACAGAGCUUGGGGUGUUACUUUUUACACAGUUUAGGGUUAGGGUUAGGUUUAACUGUGAAGUGACCUGGAAGUUACAGAUGAACAGCUCCAGGUUUCAGUAUCAGCCGACACUAUAAUCCAAAGGGGUCCUCUGAAAAGGCGGGCAUUAACAGCAGAGGAAACAGCUGAAGACUGAGAGAGACAGACAGACAGACAGACAGCGAGGAAAUGGAGAUUCCUGGUUAGGGCGUGUCCUUAGCAUUGUCCGAAUAGGACGGCGUGUCAUGACGUCAGGUUAGCUCAGAAUAAGCCGGAUAAAGUGUCCAGGGAUCACGCUGCUGUCGUCUGACUUCAGUUUAGAAACUGCUGAGAUUUAGUUUGGACAUCCAACAUUAACGUCAUAUGUCUGAUUUAUCAGCUGAGCGGGUCUCCUCUGAGCGGGAAACUAGACUGAAAAUACUCUGUUGUAUUCGCGCUCCUCCCCUUCAUGACGCUCAGGAGUUACAGGCUAGCUGGCAGUUCAGGGUGUUCCUGUCCAGAUUUUCCAUCCUGGCAUCUGUUUGUUUUUGUUUUUUUUUUUACAAAAUUACACAAAGAGGAAUCACAGCAGUCUUCUAGAAAUCAAACAGCAGGGGGAGCCGUGAGUGUGCGAUCGGUGGGUGUGAGAAGAUUCCUCUGGUUUAGCGUCUCUUGUGAAUGAAGCGUUCAGGUCAUGAAGAAGAUCUGCUCCAUCCUACGAAGAGAAGGUGUUCAUCACUCAUCUUUGGGGGCAGCCAUCGAGUAACAUUGACGAUGGGGGCGGGGUUUGAUCAGUUGUGUUUGAAACCAGGAAUCUCCACAAGCGGCGCUCUGUGGUGCGUUCACUGAAUGUUUAACAAGAGGGUACUUUCUGAGACUGACUAGGGCGGCCAUUUUGUUACAGUGGGAGAAACCCCGUUGCAUUCUCAAUGUGUUAAAGGGCUACAUUAAAUGAAUAUGCACCACUUGCUGUUACAUGAAGCUGGAGGCGUUCGCAUUAGCUCAGCAUUAGCCGUCCCUCUGUGCUGAGGCUCAUCACCGCUGACGAGGAGACAACCUGAGUUUGUUUUCAUGUCGCUUCCUGCUGCGUUCAGGACGUCCUGCUUGUUUUGUAUUUAGCAUAGCAUUACAUGACAGCCACUUAGAGAAUGUAUGAAGUGGGCUAGCUGCUAACUAUGAACUUUAAUUUGCACAUCUGCAAAAAAAUCCACCUACCGUACAAGAUUGUCACUGAUACAUGCCGAUGUUUUGUGCAGAACCACGUUCAUUUAAAAACAGGCGGUAAGAAGCUUUGAGUGUGCUCUACACGCUGACGAUACACUGAUUUAAAAAAAACUAAACACAGCAUCAGUGACGGAGCGUCGUCCUGAACGACUGUUUGCCGACUGUCGCCACUCUUUGCAUGAGAUCUACUGUUUGUUCCACACGCACCUCUGACUGUAAAUGACAGAAAACAGCACUGUACUGUAAUUACAACACUCUGACUGAAACACGUCUGUGAUUCUUUGUAUAUAAUCCACACCGUUACUCAAAGGGAUACUCACGGAUCAGAGCCGUCAUGUCUGGAGCUGACUCGUAACACGUCAAAAACCAGUCCCGGUUGUCAAACACGUUCACUGCAUUUGUGAUUCUGCAUCAUGGAUUGAACUUUAACUCUCCUUGUUCUUUCUUUUGUUUUUGAAUGUCUUAUUUAUGUUUUCACCGUUUGGCUGCUUCAAGUCCAAACUCGUGGAACGCUUAGGCUUGUUUUCGUCUCAGUUUGCUGCUUUGGGCGUAAAUACCGUCAGCUGUCGGACGCUUUAACCCAACGAGUCAAUGGCAAUGCUUUCAGUAAAAUGAUCCUACAUAAGUUUCAAAGAGGUACUGUUUAGUGUACUGGACCUAUGUCAUUUUUCAAGAUUGUUAAAAACUUUGUACGUCUUUUGUGGUCUGAAGUAUUUAUGGUCUAAACUCCAAAAAGGCAGAACUGUCUCCUAAAUCUUGACAUGUUCAGUGCAAGUCAAAAAUGUUUGUGAGGCUUUCAAAACACUCCAAACUCAAACUUUGUCAGCGUGUUUGAUGAUCUUAAUUGUCUGCAAAAACUUUGAGAAAAAAAUAUGUUUCACAGUCUCUGUAAAAACUCAAGUCCUGCAAAGUGUUUUUCACUUAUUGUUUAAAAGAUAGAAGUCUUAGUAGACUCAGUUUAAGUCCAAAAAUGUUUCAUUUCAAGAUAUUUUUAAAAAACGAUUUACUUGCCGUGUUUUCAAAAGAAAACUUCUUGGUUUCUUGUUGAGCUAAAAUCUUCUUUUAAGCAAUUUGAAAAGCAGAUUUGUGAACUCAUGAUGAGCAAUUCUGGUCUGAAUAUUUGGGUGAAGAAUCUUGAAAUAAGACAUUUUUCUCACCUGGGUGUAUUUGGUUCAAACUGAGCCUCACAAACACGUUUGUUCGGAGUGUUUUGUUAGUCAAACUGCUGCUUAUCAUGUUCAAACUGAAAGAAAUAAUUUUGUUGAAAUAAAUUUAUUUUGUUUCACUAUCAUUCAAAGAGAAAACGUAUAACCUUAUUUUUGCCUCCUUUGCAGUGGUUGAACACAAAGUUGUCGGUUUUUCUGAGAUUGAGAAUUAGAGAAGCAAAAAUGACAUUUUCAUGAUCCGACUUUUCAGAGUGCGUUAGCAAACAUUUAUACCUCAUGAAUCAUACAUCCCAGUAUAUAAAUGUAGAAAUAAACUGUAUCACACUUGAUAUCUUUUAUUGCGUAUUUGAUAUGGUUAUGAUCUUUGUGGAAUAACAGGGUGAUGAUAUUGUACAGAUACUGUCAGUAGAGAGAACAAACUUCACGGUGUCUUUAUAGGCAAACACUUUGUUGAGCUGCAUUCGCCAGUUUGUUGGUCAUCAAAAUGUCACCUCUAGUUUAUACUCACAGGAAAACCCGGAUAGUUUACAGUUUUAGUCUCAAACUGGUGGCUUACCAGUACAAAGUUACAUUCACGAGGUUUUUAAGCACCAAGACUGGAAGCAGGGGAAAGUGUUCACUUAGCUCUGACUUCACACACACAUCCAUAGCUAACGAGCUAGCCUCCAGUCCAUCCAGCAGUGUGAGGAUAAGAAUCAAACCAGCAACUUCAGUGCUAACAGCUGCUGAACCACAUUUGACAUAUUUGAACUCUUUUCAAAAACAGUCUACAACACAGAAAACUGACUUGGUUGUCUUGGGAAUUAAGCAUGAAGUAUGAAGUCCAUUUCUGUGGUCCUAUUUUACUCUGUAAAUCCUCCAUCAGAGCUGCAUAUAGUUUAUAAUUCAUAAAACUCCUGACUUAUCUUCUGCUGAUGUCCGUGAAAACCCCCUUCAGUAGGUUCCAAGUACUGUCUUUUUAAGGCCCCGCCUCCCUUUAAGUUUACGCCCUUCUGAUUGGUCAGAAGUCUGCCUGGCAACAUGAUACAAGGAGUUCUUUGUUUUUAUAAAGUGGCAGUGGUAGCUGAAGCUUUGAACUCACACUAUAGAAACGGUAAAUCAGACGUUGUUGAAGUUAAUAUGUAUGAUUUUUUUUGUGUGUUAUGAUGGUGCUAAGCUCACCGUUAGCCCCUGCUUCCAGCUUAGCUAAACUCAGCUUGGACCUGAAACCAUCAGCCAACAGUUGAAACUAAUCCGAGUAUGUCCUAAACUAUCUGAAGGCUCCUCGACUUUUCUUGCAAUAAUGGCGUGCUUUCUGUUGCGGAGCUGUUGAGGAUUGAUGAGCUAAUCACAGUGUUAGUUCAGUGUGAUGAUCCGUGAGUGUCUUUCCCUUGUAAAAUACAUAUAAGCCUUUUCUUUUAUAUCACGAUAUGACUGUACAGUACUGCUUGUAUAAUUUACAGGUAAAGCAUGUAUUUUAAACUUUUUGUAAAUCCAAAUGAUAACUGUGUACAGAUAUACAGAAAUGUAGAAAGUCCUUAGGUUUGCAGUUACUCUCUAAUAGCAUGGUAAAUUAGCGGGGUUUAGUAUGUAUGUACAGGCUGUAUGUUAAAUCUUUAUGAAGGGAAACACUUGAAUCACAUGAUUAUCAGACUGCGUGCUGUCUAAGGAUAAACUCUGCAAUGCAUUUUUUGUGCCUUUUAUAUCAAUGUAUGUAAUCUAGACAAUCUUGAAAAGCUUGUGUACAACCAAAAUGACAUUAAAAUGAUUUUGGGGGCAAACAUGUCUGUUAUUCUGCUUUAUUUAUCACCCCAACAGGGACUGUUAGCAAAUGCUACUAUAUUAGUGAAAUCCUCCUGGUUUAAAACCAUGUCCACAAAACUCAGAAGCUGAGAAGAGACAACACUCCAUAACAAAAUCUGUGAAUUUUCAAUAAUAUGACACCUAGCUGGUAAGGCAGCUAGCUAGCCAUGCAUAGGGACUAUUCAGGAGAAAGCAGUUAUUACAUCCCUUUACAUGGAAACUGUAUUUUGGUGGAUGUCAGUCAACAGUGUUGUUAUAUGAACACAGGUUCCUUCAAAAACCCUGUUCUCUCCCAAACACAACCUAACUUUAGUCAGUGCAAGACUGUCAUAAGUGCGUUUUUUGAUAUUCCUAAACUGAAGGCUCACUAAUGCAGCAAGGUCAACAAGCCUCUUCAACCCCUGAUGCUUCUUUACCACCAAUUCAUUCAUUUAUGAAAGGAUGGAUUCUUUUAUUUUGGUCCUAAUUUAUGACAAACCCUUAAUUCCUCCCUGGCCCUCUGUUAGGUUUGUGAAAUUCAGCUGUGACCACGUCGGUGCCUAAAGCAUCAGUGAAAAGCGUGGAAUAUAUAACGCCAACAUGACCACACAAGGUUAGGGACCUCCUUGUGUGAAGUUGGUAUGUUCUUCCAUUGAACGCAGUUUGUAACCAGUCAAGGCUGAGCCUCGCUCGGCAUCCGGGAUUAACUGUGACCACCUGUGACCCCCAAUCGAACGAGCAUUAGUUGAAGUUUUUCUUCUGUUUGAUGCGUCAUCUGUAUGUUUUUCUGUGACAGAAGUUGAAAAUAUUGUGUAUGAUUCUUGAGCCUGAAUAUCUUGUGUGUCUUAAAGACUGAUCCAGUAUAUCUACUGUUUCAGUCUUUAAGACACGUUGUUUGGCAGCUGUGGAGUAAGUUGGAGCGUAAGUUGCUUCUCAGUUGGUGGGUUGGCAACUCUGUCAUCAUUUCUGGUAGCCAACAUGUCCAGGUUGCUUAGCACAGCCCAUUUUCUAUCUAAAAAGCACCUGAUCUUCUGUCAUACCAUUUUCAUGGCUCCAGACUUGGGGCUGUUUAUCAGCAACCUCCUUCACAGCAUCUUUUCAGGUGAAUAAGGAGUUUUGUUUUGUUGUUUUCAGGUGCUGUCACCCACAGAGCCCAGCAUCCCAUCGCCGUCCUCCCCAGAUUAUCGGACAAAGGCUCAGGGUGAUGAGAAGGAGCAUUUCCACAUCCUUCCUCAGCUCCAGGCAAAGAGGGCUGACUUCCUCACCGUUAUGCUAACCGGCACUUUGCCUCAGCGCCGCAGUUUUGCCACGCCAGAUGAAGAAGUCCCAGAACCUUCAGGGCCAAGAGAUGAUGAUGUUACAAAGAGUGAGUCCAACAGCGAGGCCAGUCAGAAGAGCACUGAACGCAGCCAGGAUGCUGCGCCUUCGACACUCAUGGCAGAGGACCAGAGAGGCCAGAGGGAGCAUGCCUCAGCUGCUGAUGCAGACCCUGACUUGGAGGAUGCUUCUAAAACUCUAGUCCUCUUUUCUCCUGGGGACACGCGCAAGUCUCCCUCUGGUGCUGAUCAUUGUCUGGAGGGAGAGUUGUCAACACCUUGUGCCCUCACAUCCCGUAACCUCCUGGUUGGGGAUGGGAUUCAACCAGAACCCCCUGAGACUGGCCGUUUGUCCCCUGCUCUCAGGUCAGACCUCAGGCCUUCCACACCUAUCGCUCCCGCGUCACCGCCCUUCACCAAAGUUGAGCGCACUUUUAUUCAUAUUGCAGAGACAUCACACCUCAAUGUCAUGUCUUCCAACGGUCACUCUGCCAGGGAGAGUGACCGGGAAGUCUCGACCAUCAUGAAGGCAUCAGCAGUAGAAGAUGACACCCAUGAACAGGGGGGAGAAAAGUCUCCAGAGGAAUCCAUGCCAGAUCAAGGUAGACCACUUGAUAAGCAUCUUAAUAUUGAGAAUGGUCCAUCACCUGUCCCAGCCCAGUCCUUAAAGCCUGUUCCAGAAGCCGUGUCACCUGUUCUUUCACUGGACCUUAAGAAACUACUACCAUCCAGUGAAGAAGCUGCCAGGUUUCAGACUGGAUCAGAACUACCAGUUGCAAUAAAACCCAGAAUCCGAAGCAGAAUCCCAAUACUCAUUUCUGAGGAAGACUCAGGCUCUGAGCAAUCCUCCUCUCUUUCAGCACGGGCGCGACUACAGCAAAGGGCCAGGCAGUUGGACUUGGCUCGCAUGCUAGUUCAAAGGCAACAGGGUCGCUGGAUGAGGAGAAGGAUGCUUUCUGGGACAUCAUCAUCUUUGUCUUCUGGAGACGAUGAGCGUAGGAGAGCUUCAGAAACUUUGUCUACCACUGGCUCAGAGGAGGACACACAUACCUCGGAUGAGUCCAGGAGAAGCUCGCGUCUCAAACCAACAGAAGAACAAGGGUCCAAGGAGUGCCGAAGCAGGAUCCCCAGGCCUGUCACCCCAAUCAAAAGGCCUUCAGUGGGGCUUGCUGCCGCUCCUCCCUCCCCCCUCUCCCUGCCAGAAUCCAGCACUACCAAAGGACCACCAUCCUUUGUUAAUGGGUAUGGUCACCCUCAUUUUUGUUUACAUCUGUUGAUUCUGAAGCAGACUGAUUGAUAACACUUUAAUGUUUCUCUUCUGUCCACAGGAAGCAGAAAAUUGGACUAAGCACUCUCAACACUCAACGAAAGCCCAAACCCACCUUGCCCCGAUCCUCUUCCUCUUGUCCUCGUCCCUCUGCUGCCCCUGCUCCUUCAGGUAGUCCUCGAAUGCCCCUGCGAGUCUUAUUUGGGACCCGACGCAGCCUUAGCUCCACCCACUGCAGGACUGACAGCCCCUCCCCACAGAGAGUCUGUCCAUCCAGGCAGCCCCUUUCUGUUCGAGCCCCAACUGUCCCUGUGCUACCGCCCAGGACCACUUCCACCGCCAUGAGGCGCAGCGCCUCACAGGAAGCCACCGCCCAGACCUCCUCUGGUGUCACGCCUGCUAGGACCCGUCCAAAAGCAGCCGGUACGGUGACUAAAGGGAAGCCAAAUACCAGGGAGAAGUCUGUGCCCGCUAGAUAA